UACAAGAACUAUUAUUAUUGUCAUAGAGACAGGGUGCGCCCCCUUAUUUCUCCAGAAAGCAGAACUGUCCACCGAGUAGGCGGGGUUUAUAGCCAUUUUGUAUUUAAAGCAACUCAGUUAUCAACAGUUGAAAGCGGUGUCCACACACUCAAGUAUAUCACUGAUAUGAAAGCAAUGCGAUAGUAUUUUUUUAUUUUUAGUUUUUGCAUACAUAAAAUUAUCGUCUAAAACAAUGAAUACGUUCCAUGAUUAACAUGGCAGUCAGUGAUUAUGACUUACGGAACUCAAAUCCCUCUAACAAGUUGGUCUCGACGUUAUAUCUCCGGCAAAAACUCGUUUUCCUCAGGAAAACUCCUCUUUCAUAAUUUGGUCAUCACUUAUUCGUAGGUCGUCCGGCGGCUGACUGUUAUGAAACGCACCCAGACGAACGUAACUCUCGUCUUCUUAUUGGUUAACCCGGCUGCUUACACGUGUGUCACUCUUUCAAAGUAACCAAUCCGAAAACGGGAACCAGUUUAAUAUCAACGGAAAACUGUAAGUGUUUGCGUUUUUGUUAAUAUUUCUCUACACUUUUUCGCAAUAGGCGUAAUGCUGAGGAUUAAAUAUCCAUGGACGGGAACGCGCCUGCGUGCCCACGCCCUUUAUUACAGGUGCGUUUGAUGACCUCAUCCCCCAGGAGGAAGGACAGACUUCAGCAAACGGAUACUAUGAGUAAUUCGACAGAGAUAGGAGCCGAAAUUGAGGAUUUUUUAAAAACGGUGGGUGAGGUAAGAAACCUCAUUGAAAAAAUUUCCAGCCAAACAGAAGACAUGGAAAAAAGACACUGCAGCAUCCUUUCCUCUUCGGACAGUGGCAAAGGAAGUAAAGAUGAACUGGAGCUGAUAAACAACGAGACCAGACACAACGCCAACUUGGUCCGAACCAAGUUAAAAUUAAUGCAGAAGAACUGUCUAUCAGAAGACAACAGAACUAAUAACUCUGUAAUCAAUCGAAUUCAGAGGAAUCAGCACUCACACCUGACUCAUUGGUUUUCUGAAGUCAUGAAGAGUUACCAUAACAUCCAGAUUUCCUUCAGAGAGAAAUGCAAGGCCCAAAUUCAGAGACAGCUCGAGAUUGUGGAUAAAGUCACAACGGAUGACGAGCUGGAGGAUAUGCUGCAACGUGAUAAUCUUGCCAUUUUCAUAUCGAAUAUCCACUCUGAUGCCCAAUUUUCAAAUCGUGCUCUCUCUGAGAUUGAAAGACGUCAUCAGGACAUCAUCAGCCUUGAGUACAGCAUUAAAGAACUACAUGAGAUAUUUACAGACACAGCCAUGCUGUUGGAAAUUCAGGGGGAGUUAAUAAACAAUAUAGAAAAAAACGUCACCAGUGCCGGAGAAUGUAUACAUGCAUCAAAAGAAGAAACGCAUAAAGCACUCGGAUACAAGAAGAAUCGUUAUAAGGUUGUAUCUCUCCCAAGCUUCUUCCAAUCCUUUAGGAGACAAGCCAGUACUGAAGCUGAUGAUUAAAACUCUACUGAAGACUGCAUCAAGCCUUCCUGAUGCACAUCAAACCUGUCAGAGCCUUGGAGAAUUACUUUUAUCCACCGUUUCCCCAUGUAAAGCUCUUUGACGUUUGGUUGUUUUUUUUUUUUUUUUUGUAGAAAUGUAGUUUUUUAUCCAGAGUGGAGAAUUCAAAGUUAUAUAAAAAUAACUUGUCACUUUAAAUGCUUAAAAAAAUCUUUCUUUGUCAAGAAUAUGAUUUCAGAUAUGGUCCAUUUCAUUACAAUACUUUUAUCUGUUCAACCACCCAUAGAUUGUGUUCUUCAUUCAGUUACUCACUCAGUCACUAGGUGGCACUGCAACAACAUUUAAAUAUCAGGCUGUACCUUGUCUAAGGUUUCUUCUAAUGAUUUGUUUUUGUUUUUUGUCAAAUAAGUUUCAAACUAUAUUAAGCAAAUAAUAAAUAAUAAAUAAAAUAAUAUGGAUGCUGAAGAAAGAUCUAGUAAUUUGAUGAUAAUUGCAAUAAAGCUCUAAAGUUGAUUUAGGAAGGGUAGCCUUAGUGUUCAAAAUGUUGUCUUGUAAAAAUGUCAACUUGUGCUCAUAAUGAAUGCUGUGAAACAGAAGAUUUUAAACUUUGUGGUCUCCUGCUGUGAUCAGUUAAAGUGGUUUAAAUAUAAUGUAAGAAAUCUGCACAGUAUAAAUAUAGCUGUAGCAGUUGCAGUCAACUUGUAAAUUAGAAAUGUAGUGAUCAGAGUUUUACUGGCUUAUGUAUUGUUUUGGCUUUUUGUAGGUCUGAUCUGCUGAUUGUAAAAUCUUUUGUUUUUUAAAUUAACAAUGACAUGUAAAUAAACUGCUUGAAAGUACAAGAAACCAAAGCUGGUAUAAUCAACAAAACGGGUAAAUAUUUGGCUUAAUAAAAUGAUGACAAUGGAAGCAAAUAGAACAAAAGUGAUUAGAUUAAAUAUUUCUGAUCUAUAAAAAGUCAUGCAAAUGUAUAUUUUGGGAUCUGAUGUAAUACUAGAUACUGAUGUAGCCGAUUUACCUACUUAAUAUACCCAUUAGGCUUAUCUUCAAGUUCAUGUUAUUUAUCCAUAUUGCUACUUCAGUUUUUUUUUUUUUUAAUGCAGAGACUGGAAAGGUAAUCUUCACUAAUGAUGUAUUUAAUAAACAAGAAAAAACAUCUGAUUUUCCAGUGUGGGCCUUCCAGUUUCUAAUCACAGGCUGCUCAGUUGGUAAAUUACCUAGUAACUGGAUGGCAUCAAAAAAGUGUCUCCAAACAGUGUAUGCAUCGUGUACAUGGAGUCACUUCAGUAAACACACUUUGAUAUUGUGACUUUUGUGAAAGUGCAGUCUCGGAUAGCAUUGGAUUUAAUUUGAUGCUCCACUGAGAAUAAAGUGGGACUAGUGUGGCUGUAAAUGCAUCUUUUUAUGGUUGAAAGUAUUCUACUCAUGCCUUAAGGUAAAUGAACUGUUAACGCUCUAACACUUCUAAUAGCGCACAUUAAGUACCACUUGGUCUUUAAUGCUUAUUAACAAAUAUAAAACGUGAGAAUUUACAUCAAGGCUUCACUUGACUUUUAUCCUCACUACUGAUUUUUAUUUGUGAUGUUGUAGGACAAUCGUAUUAGGCAUAGAAUACUUAUAGGUUAAUAAUUAAAUGACAUUUGUGUAAUUUGUGAUGCCGUAUCUAUGCUUAAUGAAUUAUUUCCCACAUGAUCCAUAUGUCUUAAAAGCUAUUGACUGGCUGUUACUUGUGUGAUUUGUAGUUACUUAAAACCAUUUUAUCGCAUUCUUCUCUUUGAUCUGAUUAGAGUUGAAAACAAACAAGCCUGCAUUGUGGGAAUACUGCCAGGAUGAACCCAUUGACUUCUCUCAGACUGCAUUUCACAUCCAACCCCUCCCCCCAUCCGCUUGUGCUACCUCAGGAUAAAAUUUCACAGCACCUUUGUGCUUUGCUGAAACCACUGAUUUCCAAAUUGC